AUCAACCAAAAACACCCCAUACUCCAAUAUACCAAUAAUACAAUUAUCAACACAUCUAUAUUCUUCUCUAUAAGAAUUUUACUGUGUAAUUACUAUACUGUAUAAUUACUAGACUACGACGAAGAUGUCAAUAGUUAGAAUGGAAGAAGUGGCAACACGACAAUUUAAUAAACCACCAACACCACCUCUGCCUAAGACAAAUGGCAUAGUUUCAAUUCUUGGAUCAGAUACUCAAAGAGGCAAAUCAAGUGUUUCCUCUAUUAGAAGAACAUUUUCUGCUGAUAUGUCAUCCAAAAAAUGGCUUACACAAAAUGGUUUCUUCUCUCCAAUAAAAAAGAUUGCUUCAUCUAAAGAUCUUCUUUCGAGCUCCUCUGAAGAAGAGGAGCUGGAAAGACAAACAUCAUCAUUUGAUGUUUGGAGUUCAAUAUUGUCACAAAAGAAAGAUGAGAUGUCCAAUCUACAAACUCCAUAUAUACACCCUCUUAUUAAAAGAUCAACAAGUUCUUUAAGUGACAAAAGUCUUGAAAUUUGUACUGAAAAUCUUGGUUCAGAGAAUGGUUCUGAUGGUUUUUCCUCCUACACUCCUUUUGAGAAUGGAGAUGUAGACGAGGACAAACACGAUCAACAACAAUACCACUCGCAAUUCUAUGAGGAAUUGCGAGUUGUAAAGUAUAAUUAUAACAAGAGAUCAUCAUCUUUUCCUCCUCCAAUUCCUUCCUUGGCUAGAGAUGACAACAAGCCUUCUAUUCAAAUGCAAUCUCGACGUCAAGAUGGUAGAUUGAUUCUUGAAGCUAUUUCUACUCCUCCUCGAAAUAUUUUCCAUGCUCAUCGCCAUGAUGGUCGCCUUCUUCUCACCUUAGUUGAUGAUAGUACUUACACUUCAUCAUCAGAACCAGAGAUGGAGGAAUAUGGUGAAGAAUUUGACCAAAUUUUCGACGAUAUUGAUGACCAUUCACAUCAGUUUGAUCAUAAAAGUGAUGAUUGUCAUGAACAAGAGGAAGAAAAUGGGAUUGUUGUGAUGAAGCAGAGGCCAAAAUUGUCAAGUGUGGUGAAGUUGUUAGAUUCUCGGGUCGAAAUAAGGGAAAAGUCAAUUCAAUUUCCCAAAUUCUCCCCCAAAAUAGAAGGUCAUUUGGGGCUAGGAAACAAAAAUAUAGUAACAUGGUCCAACAAGUUCAACAAAGUUGUCAAUAUGACAGGUUCUGUGGAUUCAAUUAAAUUAACUGAGGAGUUAAGUCAGAUAACCUCAGAUAGUCGGUCACUCCCAACUCAACUAACACCGGUGACCGUGGCCUCUUUCAAUGCCUAUGAGUAUUUUUGGAGGAAGAAGCCUACAAUAGCAAGUAUUGUUAACACUCCCACAAUUGCAUCCAAUAGUACUACUCCCAAUGCAAAGGGUACAACAAAAGUAGCAGCAUAUAUGAACUAUUUGGUACCUUUGCAAAGAGGAUGUAAAGAGCCAAAGAGGUCUUUACUAAUUUGGGAGCCUUACUGCAUUGCUACCUCUUGAUGAUCACCAAAUUUUUGAUCCAGUCCUAAUUCAACUAAUUAACAAUAAAAAAUAAAUUCAUAAAACUAUAUAAUAUGUAUUAUUAAGAUUUUUAUUUUCCUCUCUAAGUCUUGACUAGUUUUUACUCUUUUGUCAAAAAAGAGUUGUGUAGCCAAAUAACAAAGAGAGAGAUGCUCAA